UCUGUAUUUUGUCUAGGUGUUGAGGGAAAGCUAAGAGAAUGAAGGUUCUAAAUCCCCAGUGGAAGCAUGAUAUGGCGGAGCAGAGCUGGUGCUGAAUUGUUCUCUCUGAUGGCUCUAUGGGAGUGGAUAGCACUGAGUCUUCAUUGCUGGGUUUUAGCAGUUGCUGCUGUCUCCGAUCAGCAUGCCACAAGUCCCUUCGACUGGCUCCUCUCUGAUAAGGGACCCUUUCAUCGCUCACAGGAAUACACAGAUUUUGUGGACAGAAGCCGGCAGGGAUUUAGCACAAGAUACAAGAUAUACAGGAGAGGAGUCACUCACAAUUUUUGUGGACAAGCGGAAGUUGAGCAAGCGAUCGGAAGGAAGUGAUUCCAACACCAAUAGCUCUUCAGUGACUCUGGAGACUCUACAUCAACUCGCUGCUUCCUAUUUCAUUGACAGGGACAGCACCCUUCGGAGACUUCACCACAUUCAAAUUGCAUCCACUGCCAUAAAGGUAACAGAAACACGGACAGGCCCUCUUGGCUGCAGUAAUUAUGACAACCUAGAUUCUGUCAGUUCUGUUCUGGUUCAGAGUCCUGAAAAUAAGAUUCAAUUACAAGGGCUUCAGGUACUCCUUCCAGACUAUCUUCAGGAGCGUUUUGUACAAGCAGCUUUAAGCUACAUUGCUUGUAAUUCAGAAGGAGAGUUUAUCUGUAAGGACAAUGACUGCUGGUGUCAGUGUGGUCCCAAAUUUCCAGAAUGUAACUGCCCCUCCAUGGACAUUCAAGCUAUGGAGGAAAAUCUUCUUCGAAUAACUGAAACUUGGAAAGCUUAUAACAGUGACUUUGAGGAUUCAGAUGAAUUCAAGUUCUUUAUGAAAAGGCUACCCAUGAAUUAUUUCCUCAACACAUCUACCAUAAUGCAUUUGUGGACAAUGGAUUCUAAUUUUCAGCGUCGUUAUGAGCAACUGGAGAAUAGCAUGAAACAACUUUUCCUAAAAGCUCAGAAAAUUGUACACAAGCUCUUUAGCCUUAGCAAGAGGUGCCACAAACAACCCCUCAUCAGCCUACCAAGACAAAGGACCUCAACCUACUGGCUCUCUCGUAUCCAGUCUUUUCUCUACUGCAAUGAGAAUGGUCUCCUGGGCAGCUUUUCAGAAGAGACACACUUGUGCACAUGUCCAAACGACCAGGUUGCCUGCACCUCGUUCCUGCCCUGCACAGUGGGUGACGCCUCGGCCUGCCUGACCUGUGCACCAGACAACCGCACUCGAUGCGGCUCCUGCAACACCGGUUACAUGCUGAGCCAGGGGCUCUGUAAACCUGAAGUCGCUGAGUCCACGGAUCACUAUAUUGGCUUUGAGACCGAUCUGCAAGACCUUGAAAUGAAAUAUCUGUUGCAGAAAACAGACAGACGAAUAGAAGUCCAUGCCAUUUUUAUUAGCAAUGACAUGCGCCUCAAUAGUUGGUUUGACCCCUCCUGGCGUAAGCGGAUGCUUCUAACCUUGAAGAGUAACAAAUACAAGUCAAGUCUAGUCCAUAUGAUCUUGGGUCUUUCUUUACAGAUUUGCUUAACUAAAAACAGCACCUUGGAACCAGUGUUGGCUGUUUAUGUUAAUCCCUUUGGAGGAAGCCACUCUGAGAGCUGGUUCAUGCCUGUGAAUGAAAACAGUUUUCCAGACUGGGAGCGGACUAAAUUGGACCUCCCCCUGCAGUGUUAUAACUGGACGCUGACUCUGGGGAACAAAUGGAAGACAUUUUUUGAGACAGUACACAUCUACCUGAGGAGUCGCAUCAAGUCAAGUGGCCCGAAUGGCAAUGAGAGCAUUUACUAUGAACCUCUGGAAUUUAUUGACCCUUCCCGGAACCUGGGCUAUAUGAAAAUCAAUAACAUUCAAGUGUUUGGCUACAGCAUGCACUUUGACCCUGAAGCAAUUCGAGACUUGAUUUUGCAACUGGAUUACCCCUAUACUCAGGGAUCCCAGGACUCAGCACUUUUGCAACUACUAGAAAUCAGAGACCGUGUAAAUAAACUAUCCCCACCUGGUCAGCGUCUUCUAGAUCUUUUUUCUUGCUUGCUUCGUCAUAGACUCAAGCUGUCUACUAGUGAGGUGGUGAGAAUUCAGUCUGCUUUGAAGGCAUUUAAUGCCAAAUUGCCAAACACAGUGGAUUACGACACGACCAAAUUAUGUAGUUAAUAAAUGUCAAGCACAACCCAAAAUCUUGAAGGAGUUUUUACAGUGCUUUUGUGGAGCAGUUUAUGUUUGGAAGAGUAAAUUUAAAUUGUCUUUUCAAUAUCUGUCUUAUAUCAGUCUAUACAAUAACAUUGGAUGGCAAUUUACACACAUGAACUUUCCGAAAAUGAAUAUAUUAUAUUGCAGUUUUGGUUUAUGAAUGAAAUAAAUACUGACAUCAGUCUAGAAGACGUUCUACUUUUUACAAUAAAUUUCAUUUGUAAUUUUAUAUGUUCCAUGGCAAUGCUUUUGUGCAUUACAUCCUCUAGAGGGAACAUAAAAGGAUACCAAUAAAAUUUUGUAGCUGAACAGUUAUU